AGCGCAAGAAAGGGAGAGAGAGUCAUACAUGCAAUAAUUACAGUUUAGGCAGAAAAAAGUGACGCACUCUGCAGAUUCAACAGGCUGCCUGCGUAGCUAACAACACUGCUGUCACACUGGCAGCCAACACAACAAUUCUCUCUCUCUCUCAGUUGUUGCUUGGAUUUACUUUUCAACAGAUCUUUUGAUUUUUCAGUCAUGGAUUUGCUCUUGGAUUCUGGCUGAUUAUGACUUUCUCCCAUUUUUCUCAAAGUCAAACAGAAAUUCCCUGACUUUUCUCUGAAAGCAACAGCAAUCCUUUGCCAUGUCUGUGACUGCCCUGUUCAGGGGCAAGUUGUGGCAGAAAUCACAAGAUGCCUCGGAGAAGCAUCCACCACCUGUAGUUCAACCCAGCCGCGAAGAUGACGAAGAUGAAGAUGACACAAAAUCGGGGUUCAGCAGGGAUACUUGCCGCAGGAACUCUCGCUUUUAUCGGUCCAUGAGGAAGAAGAGGAUCCCAUCUGAGCAGCCUGACAAUCCUCAUUUGGACCACAGUCCAUCUAGCAGAGCGGGGCUCUCCCCCCCUAAAGUUCUCCCACCCAGAAAAUCACCUUUGUUGCCAAGGGCUAGACGCCCUCAGCUUUCGCCACAGCUCCAUCAUUCCAGGACUCCGUUGCCAAGCAAUGGGGAGGCCAGCAGCAGACAUGCUCUGUACGGAAAAGAUGCUGUGGAUAAGAGAAGAGGAGUGGGAGGAGGGAGGAGUUUGGACAUAUCUGCUGCCUCCAACAGCAAGCAUCAAGGUUUUACACAAGACAUGAUCCCUUACCGGACUCACGACAUUCAUAGCGGAGACAUAAAACAGCUGUCUGAGAAAACAGCUGCAGCGUGCACUGUGCAGGAGGUCAUAGUGAAGACCAUGAACUCACCACGGACCAGCGUUGAGGGAGCAGACCCGGAGAACGCCAAGUUCAGGGUACCCAGCAAUGGAGAAGGCCCCCAGACAAUCUGCCACAGCCUCAACAUCGUCAAAAACAUUGAGCACGCCGCUGCACCCGAUCCACCCGUGGCUGAGCUGGUUCUAGAUGACGGUGUGUUCUCGAUGGCAGCUUCAGCCACUCAAUUGAAUGAGUAUGACGGGGAGAGCCCAUCCCAUGCUUCUGGGCCUGGCUCCUGUACCUCAGCUCAUGAUCCCUCGGAGGAGGCAGAUGACGGCUCCAUGGGUACCGUCAUUCGCAUGGCACUGGCUCACCAGCAGCUGGAUGCGCAGCAGCCCAAAACAGCGCCUGCCAGUGUGUUCUUCCGGCACCCGCCACCUUUACUGUUCCUCCCUCUUACUCGUCACCCUUAUCAGAGGCAUGUAGGAGGACUCUCCGUGCUGUCCCAGUGGAGCCGAGGGAACUGUUCGGUUCAGCUGGCGUAUAGGUGCUCGAACGGACUGUCCAAACUAGUCAGACCAGGCAACAGUUCUCAGCUCUUCGCAGAGACAUGCCCCCCCCCGGUCGGCCUAGAGGCUCCUCAUCUGCCUCCCGAGGCUGCUCCCGUCCACCGGCUCACCCCGAUGCCCGCCAGGGGCCUCGAGGCCGGGGGGCAAGGUACUGAGGAUCUGGGGCCGGCUGUCGGUUAUUUCUCCCAGCAGCAGCUCAACUACUGGGUAGCUCAAGCUUCAGACCCCUGGGUGGUUUCCACCUUAACCCGAGGGUACAAGCUUCAGUUCCGACGCCGGCCCCCAGCCUUCAACCGGGUCAAAAUGACCACCAUAAGCGACCCGGCAAAAGAAAUCGCCCUAAACCAGGAGCUGUCAGUCCUCCUUGCCAAGGGAGCAAUCGAGCCUGUGGACCAAGGUAGGAUUUUCACGGCGGCCAUGACGGCCAUGGCCGUCGUAGCCCCUCGGUUUGGCCGUUAUGCCCCACAAAUAAUUGUACGUCCUAAGGCCACCAUGGCCUGGACAGGACGUAAGUAA